CGUGCUUUAAACUAGUAUGGACAUCUUCCGCAGUAUCUGCAAAGUUAACAUCGUAUAAGGAAAAUAAACUUAGUACGCGUUAAAAUAAAUAUUUAACAGCUUCAUAAUAUAAGAGAAAAGCCAUGGGAUGUCCGAUGAAACACCAACACCACCACCACGCGCAAGUUGAAAAGCCUAGUGUGACCGAGAUACCUGUACAGACAGACCUGAAAAUUGUUUGGAUAAUUUCAAUAGUAGUUGGUCUCCUGACAUUAGUUCUGGCAUUGUUACAUUACAAAUAUCCAUGGCUAAAAUAUGACUUGCUUCAUUUGAAGCAGAUGUUCCGCGCUAUCAGAAGAUAUACACAGAAAGUACGUAGAAAUGAGUUCAUUAUUGAUACAUUUGAGCUAACGGUUACCAAACACCCCGAAAAAAUCUUCAUUAUCUACAAUGACAUCCAUUAUUCAUACUACGAGGUGAACCAGAAGGCUAACCAAGUAGCACGUGCAGCUCUUCAGAUUGGAGUCAAGAAAGGUGAUACAGUUGGGAUUAUGUUGUAUAAUGAACCAGCAUUCAUCUGGUUAUUUUUUGGUUUACAGAAGAUUGGAGUCACAGUGGCAUACAUCAAUGUAUUUUUACGAUCCAAGUCUUUAGCUCAUUGUGUUGAAGUAUCACAGUCCAAUUUCCUGAUAAUUGGGGACGAUGCUGAUCUGGAUUCAGCUAUUGAAGAUAUCGGAGAGUCACUAUCAGAUACAGAGGUGUUCUCCAUAUCAGAGUAUGAAUCAGAUCAAAGGAAAAGUUUUAAAAGGAUUAUGGAUGAGCAAUCGACUGAUGACUUUCCUAAAGAAUGUCGAGCUGAUGUUACUAAAAAUGACAUUUGUCAAUUGAUAUUUACUUCCGGGACAACAGGUUUACCAAAGGCUGCUAUCAUAUCCCAAGAUAAAGCUUUAAAGGGAAGUGUCGUGUGCUCCACAUUUAAUCUCGGACCCAAUGAUGUAUUCUAUGAAACAUUACCAUUAUACCAUUCAGCGGCUGGGGAACUAGCUUUAUUUAAUGUUAUUGAUACUGGUUCAACAAUGGUGUUAAGACGAAAAUUUUCAGCUCGGUGUUUUUUAGCAGAUUGUAGAAAGUAUAAUGUGACUGUUAUACAUUAUAUAGGAGAAUUGUGCAGAUACCUUAUGGCAGCACCUGUGACGCCCGAAGAUCGGGAUCAUAGAAUCCGGGUGGCAUUUGGAAAUGGUCUAAGAUCUGAUGUAUGGAGAGACUUUCAGGAAAGAUUUAAUAUACCUCAUGUAGCAGAGUUCUAUGGUGCAACAGAAGCUCCAGUAGGAUUGAUUAAUAUUUGUAAUCAGCUUGGCAGUAUAGGAAGAACAUCACCUCUUUUAAAAAAGAUAUUCAAAAUUGAGUUUUUAAGAUAUGACCAUGAAACAAGGGAGCCGGUUCGAAAUAAAAUAAACAAUAGCUGCAUUAUAGCAAAACCAGGUGAAGUGGGUUUGUUGGUGGUAAAGAUACACAAAUCGGUGAAAUUUGAAGGCUAUAGAGGAAAUAAAUCAGAUAACCAAAAGAAAUUAUUAAAGAAUGUUUUUGAUGAAGGAGAUCUGUAUUUUGAUUCUGGUGAUUUAUUUCGUAUUGAUGACAACUACUUCCUGUAUUUUAGAGACAGAAUGGGCGAUACAUUUAGGUGGAAAGGUGAAAAUGUUUCGACAUCAGAAGUGACAGAAGUUUUAAAUACGUUAGAUUUUAUUCAGGAUUCGAAUGUGUAUGGUGUUGAAAUACCAGGCUGUGAAGGUAAAGCUGGUAUGGCCGCACUUACAUUAAAAGAGGGGCAAGUUUUAACACAGGAUCAAAUAAAAACUUUACAUAGACAAUGUAGUAAUGAAUUAGCUAGCUAUGCACGGCCGAAGUUUAUACGUGUUCAAAAACAAAUGAGUUUAACCAGUACAUUUAAACAACGAAAGAUAGAGCUAAUUGAUGAAGGAUUUGAUCCAAAGAAAACGGAAGAACCCCUUUAUUAUUAUAAUCCGAUACAUGAACAAUAUGAUGGCCUGACUGAUGAAGUAUUUAGUGAUAUUGUAUCCGGUGUAUAUCGAUUAUAGACAAGAACUUAAUAUGUACUUAGUGAUGUUGUAUAGAGCAAAUAUCGAUGAUAGAAAUGUUUAUCACGAGCUUAUGUGAUAUUGUAUAUAGCAAAAAUGGAUUAUAGAAAUUUUUUAUCAAGAACUUGUGUAUUUAGUGAUAUUGUGUAUAGCAAAUAUCGAUUUUAGCAAAUAUCAAUUUUUUACAUGUUUAUCAAGCAAUUGUAUGUAGCAAAUAUCGAUGAUGAAAAUGUUUAUCAAGAAGCUUUGUAUUUCAUGACGUAGUAUAAUAACAAAUAUCGAUUACAGAAAUAUUUAUCAAACAUGUACAGAUAUUGCAUCAAGAGAAUGUCGAUUAUAGAAAUGUUUAUCAACAACUUAUGUAUUUAGUGGAAUUGUACAAUAGCGAAUAUGAAAAUGUUUAUCAAG